GAAAGUAAAAAAGAAAAAUAGAUCUUCCAUGUGAAUCUGUUACACACCCCAAAUGCUCAACGCUUCCAGCAUGAAUCGUUCUUCUGUGACGAACCCUAAGCCCCAAAUUCGAUUUCAUCAGUGAACAGUGACGAACCCCAAGUCCCCAGUCGACCCUAAUUUGAGCUUCCAUUCACCAACCGCGUUGUGUUCACCGUUAGAGCUUCCAUUACCAUUGCUUGAUUCACAUGGGAAUUGAUAACCAGCUCCCACUCGACUGUAAGUUCGUUAGCUAGUGCCCCUUUUCAGAUUUGAUCAUCAAUUUUCAUUAUCAGGCAUCAGCAUGGAACCUCAAAAUUUUGACCCAAGACAUUCUGGAGAGUUGUUGAAGCACAUGGAUAAGCAGAAUGAGGUCCUUAUGGAAUCAUAUAGAUCAAUGUUGCAUGAAUUGCAGAAACUUCAGGUUGAAGAAGAAAUGCUUAUGCGGAAGCUGUAUGAAGUUAUGAAAGCUCAUGGUUUUGGUAAAACGAAUGAUGGAAAUCCUAAAUAAUAGUGCAGCUGAACACUCCAAUAAGGAAAGCAAUGGAGCGAAUGAGGAACAGUGAAUACAUUAUUUUGAUUCAUUCACUUUUAGAUUCGGGAAAAAAAUCCAGUUUUAGGGGGGAUGGAAUGGGAUAUUCUGUUUUUCCUACUGUGCGGUGUUUAUUGUCUCUGUAAAAGAAAAACUGUGUUUAUUGUGUUAUAAAAUUUUCAUUUGAAACAUGAAUUUUAUGACUUUUUUUAAAUAUUAUUUUUGCACGAGGGAGGGAGAGGUGCGUGGAUUAGCUUUUUCUACGUGGGCGAAAUUC